UGGGGCCGUCGACGGAGUACGGUGGUCAUUCGGGGGCGCAGUGGCUCGUAUUGUCGCGCGUACCGAUUCGUACGACAAUUAAAACUGGCGGGCAAUCUGGCUCGGUCUCCCGUGGUGGUGGGUGGUAGCGGCGGCGGUGGCGGUGAAGGCAGUGGGAGCGGCGGAGGGGGCGGCAGCAAUGGUGGCAGCAACGGGGGUGGCGGCGGAUCCAGCGGCGGUGCUCGGGGCACAGAGUCGGCUGCCGCUUCCGCCGUAUCCGUGGCCGUGGAUAACGUCGCCGGUCAACCGAGUGGUCCGCAGAUAAUCGAUUGGGAGGAACCCGAUCGUUACUCCUUCUACGACUCCGAUCGUUUCGAAGAGGAUUCUUUGUGCAGCUGGAGCAGCGAACCGGCCUCGUUGUGCAAUAACUGGAGGGGAUGGCGACGACCCACCGCCGGUUUGGGCACCACCAAGAAGCCCACGGAAGUGCCAACGCUCUGCGAACUCGCUGCACGAUGCGUCGCCGCCCACAUCCCGUUCGAGCUGGUGGAGCACGUUUAUCCACCGGUCCCGGAGCAGCUGCAGCUCAGGAUAGCCUUCUGGAGCUUUCCGGACAACGAGGAGGACAUCAGGCUCUAUUCCUGCCUGGCGAACGGCAGCGCGGACGAAUUCCAGCGUGGAGAAAACUAUUUCCGGUCCAUGAGUGUUCAAGACGCCCUGCAGAUCGCUGUUGUUCCAAUCACCCUGAUCAAUGCAGCACUGCAAUUUGCGUCUUUUAGUGCUCCUUGCAAAGCUCUCAGUAUGAUGUAUUUUAAAGCACAGUGCAACGCAUCGUUGCGUGCCCAAGGCAAUGCGAAGUGA